CAGUAUUUGCAUCCGCAUGCUCCUCCGACCCCUCGAUAUUUCUAGAGCGCAUAUUCCACCCCUCCACUACCCCCCGCCGGAUUUCGAAGCGCUGCUAUCGAUUCAAUAACCAUUUCACUCAACACCACUGUCGCCUCAAUCGAAGCGAGUUUCCACCUUCUUCGGCUUUCGCUGAUUGCUACGACAUUUCUCUUGUUCGAUUUGGUUGUGUUUUGAGUGAGUAUGGCUGUGAUUUCCGAGUACGAGGAGGAGGAGCCGGUGCAGACCUCGUCGCCGCAGGCGCCAGCUGAGGUGAAAGAAAUCAAUCUCACGCCGGGGACUGCUACGCCUCCCGCGGACACGCCCGUGGGGGAUUAUGAGCUCAGCAAGCGGCAUGAUGUGGUGUUGAGUACCUUGCUGCACGAGCACAAUCAGCAGCCGCUGGGACUGCUCACCACCGUGAUCGAUUACUUAUUCAGGGAGACGGACCUCGCCCAGCAAGAUGGAGUAGAAUCUAGGGUUUCUGAGAUUUUGUCCGCGGCGAAGAAGAGGAAGAGUGAGUGUGAUCUAGAGGAUGCUGCUGCGAGAGAAAAGAUUGCUAAGGUCGAGGCGAGCGUGAAACAAUCGCCCAAGGAAGUGGUCGUAGACCUCAACCUAGCGCCGGAAGUUGAAGACGUGGAAGAGGUGAACAUAACAUCGUCGCCUGUGACUGAGGCUGAGGUUGAGGAUGAGCCUGAAGCUGCCGAUGCAAGUGCGACGGAGAAUAUUGUUUCCGGAGUUGACGAUUAUGAUGAAAAAAUCGAUGGGAAGGGUUUGAAACCUAAUGCUGGAAACGGGUUUGAUCACGAAAAGUAUUCUUGGACGCAAACUCUUCAAGAGGUUACUGUUCAAAUUAAAAUUCCAGGAGGAACUAAGUCGAGGAUGGUGGCAUGUGAUAUCAAGAGUAAAAGCAUGAAAGCUGGUCUCAAGGGCCAGCCUCCAAUUUUAGCGGGCGAAUUCUAUAAUCCAGUGAAGGCCGAUGACUGUUUUUGGAGUUUAGAGGACAAUGGUUCAACACUUUCUAUUUUGCUGACAAAGCACAACCAAAUGGAGUGGUGGAAAAGUGUGCUGAAAGGUGAACCUGAAAUCAACACGCAGAAAGUAGAACCUGCGAACAGCAAAUUAGAGGAUUUGGAUCCUGAGACCCGCCAGACAGUCGAAAAGAUGAUGUAUGACCAACGUCAGAAGGCUAUGAAUUUACCCACGAGUGACGAACAAAACAAAGCCGACAUCCUGAAGAAAUUUAUGGCUCAGCAUCCUGAGAUGGACUUCUCCAAGGCGAAAAUAUGUUGAUCUUUGGAAGGACAACGGCAGCAAUUGGAGUUUUAAGUGAACAUGAAAUCCGUUCCAAUACAGGAGGCCGAGAAUACAGUCUUUAAUGUAGGCAAACACGAACCAUAUCAGUGGCGUUUUUUAAUAGAGCACAGUUGCAGGUUUUAUUGUACAGGAAACAAACGGACGGAAACAGAUGAUUCGUGUUAUAAUAAACCUGCAUGUGGAUGCUGCACACUGCAUGUGCUUUUGAAAACGACUUGUAA